CUUGUUAUGUUUAGGAUUAUCCAAUUUUAAUUGUUUAAAUUUUCUAAGACACUACCAUGACUUCGCAGGGGAGGAGUGAUUUCACAAGCUUGCACAUAAUAUUUAUAAUAAGCGGUGGUGUGCUGACAGUUAUCAUUUUGUUCAUAUUCGCAAAACGACAAAUUACGAGAUUUGCGUUGAGGUCUCGGAGAGGACCUCACGUUCCUAUUGGUACUGAUGCUAAAAAGUGUUUGAAGAAGGAGAUCGAGCGUCGCAUAGAAGCCGUCCCCCGCAUCAUGCAUGAGCCCCGGCUGAUCAGUUCGGAGCCCUCCCACUACAUCCUGGAGCCCCAACAGCCAUACCACUACCGAUUCAAAGCCGUGGAUGAUGUCAAAACAUUAGAGGAGGAGAUAGCCCGUCAAGACCCCUGCCUCCGGCGGCAUCCCCGCGAGUCUCUCCGGGGCUUCCUUCUGUCCUCGCUAGCGGCCCCGUUGGACGGCCGCGGGCAGAAGUUGGUGCACCAGUUCUGCGAUACGUACGAAUUUGCCCGCCAUCACCCCGGGGAGUUUGGGGAUGAUGAGUACAGGGCGUACUCUCGGCUGCUGCUCAAGUUGCUUGAUGCUGCCCGCCUCCUGAAAAGCGUGGGCACGGGCGCGUGUCGCUCGUCGCCGCGCUGCAGCCCCGUGCGCCGCGCGCGCCUGCUCGAGCCGAAACGCCAGGCCGCGCCCAGGCAGCUUAACAACCAGUACACCGCUCUAGAGAACUUGCCAGCGGAUACAAAGGUAGAAGAAGACUUGAUCCGCGUCCCGGUGAAGAAUCUCGCGCCCGCGCCCGCUCCCGCGCCCGCCGAUGAAACGGCCGUAUGAGGCCACGCCAGCUGGACUUUAUAACGCGCUCACUAUUUACCAACUUUCAUCAAAGGCAAAGACAUAACUCCGUAUAAACAGAUCAAGUCUAAGAAAAAAACGUACCUCAGUACCAUACAGAAAAAGGUACGGUGGGCUAGAUGGCGUUACACCUUUGGGGUACGCUCAGCUAGAUGGCGCUAAUAUUAAUAUUUGACAUUUUAACACAU